CCUCCCAGCCGUUGUACCGUUUCAGAACUCUUCGUACAGCAAAGCAAAACCAAAUCGAGCUCCAACUUCAACCUUUCCCAAUCAUCAUCAAUGGCGAUUCCGAAAUCCUCAAUUCUGACGGUUUCCUCCCUUAUCAUCCUCUCAACUCUACUACUUUCCGGCGAAUCAAGAACAGACACGAAUAAUGUAUUUUCUCCGUGUGGCGAUACGAAGGUGCAGAGGAAAGACGGGUUCACGUUUGGGAUCGCAUUUGCUUCAAGGUCGGCCUUCUUCUUAAACAACAACAAUUCAGUCCAGCUCUCUCCAUGCGACAGUCGCCUCUCGCUCUCCAACGGCAACUCACAGGUAGCUGUUUUCCGCCCCAAAGUUGACGAGAUCUCGCUUCUCACGAUCAACACAUCCAUCUUCUUCCCGGGAUCUGUAGGAGGUUAUAUGGUUGCAUUUGCUGGUCGAAGAUAUGCUGCAAGGUCCAUUCCUGCUUUUGUUGCAAACGGUACAUAUACCGUAACUAGUUUUACUUUGGUUCUCGAAUUUAAAAAGGGCAGGCUGCAGAACAUGUACUGGAAAAGAGAUGGCUGCACUUCUUGCUCAGGCAAUUCUAACUUUGUUUGUCUCAACAAUCAAGACUGCGCAAUCAGAACUAAUAACUGUAGGAACCAAGGGGGAGGGGGUUCUGUAGAUUGUAGCCUUGGUAUUCAACUGACAUUUUCUGGUACGGAUAAGCAUGAUUCAGUUUUUAACUCGUGGUAUGAAGUUCAGAAUCUUCGGCAGUAUUCCCUUUACGGUCUUUAUUCCAAUCUGAGGAAUUCUCUCACCGGUCAAUACAACAAAUUCUUUUAGUUUUCUUUGGUGUUUUGUAUGUUUUUCAUGUGUGGAUUGCUGCUUUAAGAAUGUAAUACGUUAUUCUCAACCUCUACACUUCCUGUUCCUGUAUUCUGAAGAAAUCUGAAUAGUUAUGUAUAUUUAAAUUCCUUCGCGAAUUGACCAAUGUAUUAAAAGAAAAUGAUGUUUGGAUUUUGAAUGAGUGUUUCAUGCCCACUGCCCA